GGUAACCUGCUCGGCGUCGAAGCUUUGUUUUUUUCGCUGUUUGCAGUAAAGUUUGCUGUUGCUCACUUUUUGGGUCUACACUGCCUUUAUGAGCUGUAGUAGUCACUGCGAAGGUCUGUGGUUUCACUGCUGAAGCCAGCGAGACCACGAACCCACCAGAAGGAAAAAAAACUCCGAACACAUCUGAACAUCAGAAGGAGCAAACUCCGGACGUGCUGCCUUUAAGAACUGUAACACUCACCUUGAGAGUCCGCGCCUUCAUUCUUGAAGUCAGUGAGACCAAGAACCCACCAAUUCCGGACACAGUACUAUCCCAGGAUUAGAGCUCUAAGGAGGCUCCCAGCUCUUUCGGAUUGGUUGAGAAAAGUGGCCUGGCUGGUCUGGUGCCAGCGGCACCCACCCCCCGCAACUGCCCAACUCCCCCACCCCCGCAAUCCCCUCCCCCGACAACUGAGGGAGGCGGUGCUGAAAAACAGCUGACUCCAGCAGUGCUGCUCACGUGACCACUGCAGCUGCAGCUCCCUUUCCACUCCUUGUCCUGGGCUAGGUGGGCACUACCAGGGGCUCCUUCGGUAAGGAGUACCAGGUAGGCACCCUGUCCUGCCAAUCCAACACUGGAACAGCUAGGGGGACAGCAGACAGGCACAGUCGGACAGACUUGGCAGAUCAGACGUCAGGCCCUCUGUGCUGGUCCCGGGCUCUUUAAGCAGGAACGUGGAUGGCCUCAAGAUGUCUCACAUGGUCCCACUCGCCCUCCUCCUCCCUUUGUUCCCUACCUCCAGGAGGGCUGCUCUGCCCUUCCUUCCUCUGUUCUUUGGCCUUAUGUUCCCCGCCACCACAGACCUUCCCCUGCCCCACCCCUCUGCAUACUUAGCGCAUUGCAGGCGUGGAGGAUUAAUCAGUUACAGGAAGCUGCCUCUCUCGGAGUGGUGACUGGCUGUGGUCAGGACAGCCGUAGCAGGGCCAGCCCCAGGAGUCUUUCCCGAUUCUUGCUCACUGCCCACCCACCUGCUGCUGCCAUGAGGCACCUUGGGGCCUUCCUCUUCCUUCUGGGGGUCCUGGGGGCCCUCGCUGAUAUCUGUGAAAUACCAGAGGUGGACAGCCGUCUGGUAGAGAAGUUGGGCCAGCACCUCUUACCUUGGAUGGACCGGCUUUCCCUGGAGCACCUGAACCCCAGCAUCUAUGUGGGCCUGCGCCUCUCCAGCCUGCAGGCUGGGACCAAGGAAGACCUCUACCUGCACAGCCUCAAACUUAGUUACCAGCAGUGCCUCCUAGGCGAGGAUGACGGUGACUGCCAGGGCAAGCCUUCCAUGGGCCAGCUGGCCCUCUACCUGCUCGCUCUCAGAGCCAACUGCAAGUUUGUCAGGGGCCACAAGGGGGACAGGCUGGUCUCACAGCUCAAGCGGUUCCUGGAGGAUGAGAAGAGAGCCAUUGGGCAUGAUCACAAGGGCCACCCCCACACUAGCUACUACCAGUAUGGCCUGGGCAUUCUGGCCCUAUGUCUCCACCAGAAGCGGGUCCAUGACAGCGUGGUGGACAAACUCCUGUAUGCUGUGGAACCUUUCCACCAGGGCCACCACUCUGUGGACACAGCAGCCAUGGCAGGCUUGGCAUUCACCUGUCUGAAGCGCUCAAACUUCAACCCUGAUCGGAGACAACGGAUCACCAUGGCCAUCAGGACAGUGCGAGAGAAGAUCCUGAAGGCCCAGACCCCCGAGGGCCACUUUGGGAAUGUCUACAGCACCCCAUUGGCAUUACAGUUGCUCAUGACCUCCCCCAUGCCUGGGGCAGAGCUGGGAACAGCAUGUCUCAAGGCGAGGGUUGCUUUGUUGGCCAGUCUGCAGGACGGAGCCUUCCAGAAUGCUCUCAUGAUUUCCCAGCUGCUGCCCGUUCUGAACCACAAGACCUACAUUGAUCUGAUCUUCCCAGACUGCCUGGCACCACGAGUCAUGUUGGAACCAGCUGCUGAGACCAUUCCUCAGACCCAAGAGAUCAUCAGUGUCACACUGCAGGUGCUUAGCCUCUUGUCACGGUACAGACAGUCCAUCUCUGUUCUUGCCGGGUCCACCAUGGAAGAUGUCCUGAAGAAGGCCCAUGAGUUAGGAGGAUUCACAUAUGAAACACAGGCCUCCUUGUCAGGCCCCUACUUGACCUCCGUGAUGGGGAAAGCGGCCGGAGAAAGGGAGUUCUGGCAGCUCCUCCGAGACCCCGCCACCCCCCUGUUGCAAGGUAUUGCUGACUACAGACCCAAGGAUGGAGAAACCAUUGAGCUGAGGCUGGUUAGCUGGUAGCCCUGAGCUCCCUCAUCCCAGCAGCCUCGCACACUCCCUAGGCUUCUACCCUCCCUCCUGAUGUCCCUGGAACAGGAACUCGCCUGACCCUGCUGCCACCUCCUGUGCACUUGGAGCAAUGCUCCCUGGGAUCACCCCAGCCACAACCCCUUUGAGGGCCCUAUACCAUGGCCCACCCUGGAGCAGAGAGCCAAGCAUCUUCCCUGGGAAGUCUUUCUGGCCAGGUCUGGCCAGCCUGGCCCUGCAGGUCUCCCAUGAAGGCCACCCCAUGGUCUGAUGGGCAUGAAGCAUCUCAGACUCCUUGGCAAAAGGAAGAGGAGUCCGCAGGCCACAGGUGUUAUGAGGACCACUCGUUCUGUGGUUGGGGUCCUGCAAGAAGGCCUCAGCCCAGGGGCUAUGGCCCUGACCCCAGCUCUCCACUCUGCUGUUAGAGUGGCAGCUCCGAGCUGAUUGUGGCACAGUAGCUGAGGAGACCUCAGCAAGGCUGCUCAGUGCCCGCCUCUGACAAAAUUAAAGCAUUGAUGGCCUGUG